AUGGACCCCUAUGACGAGGAUGCCCGUGUUGGUGACGAACAUGAGAACGAUCAAGAUCAGGAUCAGGACCAAGACCAUGAACACACCGACGAGAAGGCCAUCAACGAAGAGUAUAAAACAUGGAAGAAGAAUGCGCCAUUCCUUUAUGAUAUGAUACUCAGUACGGCGUUAGAGUGGCCUACUCUUACAACCCAGUGGCUACCAGAUAAGCAAGAAGUCCCGGACAAGCCAUACUCAACCCACCGUCUCCUUAUCGGCACACAUACUACCGGUGAAGCACAGAAUUACCUUCAGAUUGCCCAUGUUCAACUUCCGAACCCUGCUGUCCCAAAUGCGGAAGACUAUGACGAGGACAGGGGAGAGAUUGGUGGUUACGGCGGGGGCUCAAAGAAGCCUCAGAUGGAAAUCAAGUUCAACAUUGUCCAGAAAAUUGAUCACAAGGGUGAGGUCAACAAGGCCCGGUACCAACCUCAGAACCCUAAUAUCAUUGCGACGAUGUGCACGGAUGGCCGGGUGAUGAUCUGGGACCGCUCGAAGCACCCUAGCUUGCCAACUGGAAGUGUCAACCCUCAGAUGGAGCUUUUGGGCCAUGAAGCUGAAGGCUUUGGACUUAGCUGGAACCCCCAUGCAGAAGGCCACCUCGCAACCGGUAGCGAGGAUAAGACUGUUCGACUCUGGGACAUCACCACAUACACCAAGGGUAACAAGGCAGUUCGACCAAGCCGUACAUUCACUCACCACUCCUCAAUCGUCAACGACGUUCAACAUCACCCUCUUCACUCCUCUCUCAUCGGAACUGUGUCCGAUGACAUCACGCUUCAAAUUCUUGAUACCCGUCAAGACGACUCUACUCGCUCGGCCGCUUCAGCUGUGGGCCAGCACCGUGAUGCUAUCAACUCUAUCUCCUUUAACCCUGCUUCCGAGACUAUCUUGGCUACGGGUUCUGCCGAUAAAACCAUCGGCAUCUGGGAUUUGCGUAACCUGAAAUCAAAGCUCCACUCCCUGGAGGGCCACACCGACUCCGUGCAGUCUAUCUCGUGGCAUCCGUUUGAGGAAUCCGUCCUGGCCAGUUCCGGCUAUGACCGCAAAAUUAUGUUCUGGGACCUCAGCCGAGCAGGUGAGGAGCAAACCCCCGAGGAUGCCCAAGAUGGGCCUCCAGAGCUGCUGUUUAUGCACGGUGGCCACACAAACCGUAUCUCAGACUUUAGCUGGAACCUCAGCGACCCAUGGGUUCUGUGCUCAGCGGCUGAGGAUAACCUAUUGCAGGUAUGGAAGGUGGCAGAUGCUAUUGUGGGCAAAGACCUUGAAGAUGUCCCUACAGAAGAGAUCGAGGCGUAG